AUGAGCUUUUUUUUUUUUGCGACCGUUGUUUUUAGCACCAUAUCAAUGAUUGGUAUCGAUUUCGGUGGAUCACUUAUAAAAUGCGUUGAGAUCGUUGGCAAUGAGACAAAAUUUACUGUAAUGAAAAUAAAGGAUGUUGUUGAGCUGUCGAAUAUGCUUAAACAAAAAAGUGGAGCAAAAUUGAUGUUGACUGGCGGUGGUUCGUACAAGCACAAUUUUUUGCCGCAUGAAAAUAUUUUGCCGGAAAUGGAGGCAUUGUAUUUAGGGUAUCAGUACAUUUUAGAACACGACAUACAACAGUUCUACACGUACAAUCCGAUCAGUAUGAAUAAGAACAAAGUCGCGCGGACCAAUGAAUGCAUUCUGGUAAACAUUGGGUCAGGCAUUUCGAUAAUAAGAUUAACGCAAAACAAUUUUGCAAGGUUGGGAGGUACUACUAUCGGAGGAGGCACAUUUGCUGGACUGGGUUGGCUGAUUUGCAAGGAAGAAAACAUCGACAAAAUGUUUGAUAUGGCUUCGUUGGGUAACAACUUUGGCGUUGAUCUGUCUAUUAAUGAUAUCUAUGGAAAUUGUGACACCAGAAAUCUUCUUGGGCUUUCUAACAAUCUUGUUGCAAGUUCCUUUGGCAAAGUCUCCCUUUCUUCCGAUAUCGAGUUCAGCAAAUAUGAUAUUCUAUCAUCUCUGCUCUCCCUAAUAGUGAAUAAUGUCUGUUUGAUGGCCAUAAGCCAUGCAGAAAAACAGAACAUGGCACGAAUUGUGUUUUCAGGCUGCUUUAGUCUGCAAGACGUUGUCCAAAAACGAAUAGUGUAUUGCUUCCACGCACUCAGAAAGACAUCUAUAGAACCAGUUUUUAUAGAACAUGCGGGGCAUUUGGGAGCAUUCGGAUGUAUCAACUGGAUAAUGCACAACAAUCGGUAGGAACAAAACGAGGUUUUUCGCCAGCAGUGUCACGUAUGGAAUACAAUAAAGCAAUGGCGAGAAAAUUAUCUUUAUUUAGUGUUGAAGAUGCUUUAAUUUACACCAUUAUUUCUCAACUACGGGAAUUUGUGCCGUAAAUCUUCAUGCUAUCAUAUCGUACGCAAAGUGUGAAUUUAAUGCAUAACUAUUGCACAUGUG